AUGUUCCUUUUUUGUAUUAAAUCAGUCAUUUCAUAUGCACUAUAUCAAGUACAAACAGGUAAUUUACCUGUUUAUAGUAGUGUACUAGCAAGUUCUCCCUUGCAGCUGCAGACUGGCAUCUAUAGGCUUAUAGUUCAAAUACAGCACUUAAAUAUCCCAAGUAGUUCUUCUACGCAUAGCUCACCUUUUUAAACCCAGUUAAGCAUGGAGGAGAGGUAGUAGGUAGGUGCCGUGUGUGGAAGCUGCAAACAAGUAGACCUUUUAUUCAUUGAUUCAUUUU